ACAGACUUUAUGCAUAAUUAUUGUAGCGGUGCGCUUUCGCCAUGAUGUACAGAAUCUAACUUGAAAUCUAGAAAAUACUGCCCUAUUCGGGCAAAGAUAUUAUCGCGUUUAUUCUGGAUUUUACAAGAAUGGAUCACAGAUAUAUAAAGGCCGGUAUUAGUUAGUAGUUUUAAGUUUAAGAUUGACUGUGAAACGUUUUAGACAGUAAUUAUUGUUAUAAGAGUUGUAAAAAGUUGUUUGAGUUAAUAAGUGAAGUAAUUAGUGUCAGAGUGUGUAGUAACGUGGAAUAAAUAAUUAUUGUUGUGUUAAUUGGACUUUCAUUAUGGAAUAAACGGACCCAAGAUUUCUGUCACGCACCCCCCAGAGCCGUGACAUUGAUGUCAGAAGUGUGAUAUAAUUCGAGGACUUCACAUCCGAUUGCGGAAUAAGGGCGGACACUAGUGUGGACACUUAGUGAACACUCGUACAGUUAAGUCAGUUUCAGUCAGUUUAAGCAGUGACAAUCACCAAAAGAGACAAUCGAUUGUGUAAAUUUCUCCGGAAGUGACUGUAUACCCGAUUUUGACUGUGAUAGUGAAUUUUCAAGUAAGUUCUAGAAGAUUCUAUUCGGAAAUCAAGGGAGAUAUCAAAUUUGUGACUUUACAGACGUGUUUACUAUGUCAAUCGACACUCGGAAAAGAUGUUUCAAGAAAAUUCUAGAACAUUCCAAUCGAGCAAGUAAUAAAAUUUGUGACUUCACUGACGUGUUUGAAACUUCAAUCAAAGACCCAAAAAGAUAUUUGAAGAGAGUUUGAAGGAAAUUCCAGAACAUUCUGUACAUGCCUAUUACGAGACAACAAGCAAAAAUGGAAGAAAAAAAAAUUGGAGAACUUCUGCGCAAAAUGUUGGAACUUCAAGAAACCAAAGGACAACAAGAAAAACAAGACGAAGAAGCAGUUAGAAAUACAGUCCAUCAAUGCAGGUAGUGUUGGAGUAUUCUCUAGUAGGAAGAUAAAACCAAUGAUUUUUGACGGUUCUACGUCCUGGACCAUGUAUAUCCGACAAUUUGAAGCUGCUGCAAAUACCAACGGAUGGAACGAUCAAGUAAAUGCUAAAGCACUGAUAUAACGAGGUUCUAGGAGGACCUACCAAUAGAAUUACCAGCAUCUAAGUCAGGCGUUAGAAUUGCGCUUCGGAAAUCAUUACAGACAAGAAGUAUUUAGAACUCAAGGUCAAGGUUAUCAGGAAUUCAAAAACCCGGCAAGAGUUUAUUCGAAGCGGAAGUUAAAAGGUUAGUGAGUUUGGCAUUUCCUGCAGCUGGGGAAGACAUGCAGGAAUGCAGUAUCUGCGUUUAUUGUGGAUCUCAGAGAUUCCAAGAUCCAGGAAAACCUGAGCAGAAUGUCUAAAUACAGGAAAAGUAGCGAAGCAAUCUUUGGUGCCUCACGACCUAGAUACGAGCAGAAUUUAUUGAAGAUUCAAAGGAUAAAUAGGUAAUGGACAAAAGAAGAUGGUAGCUUCGAGAAUGUGAUGAGUGAGUUCAUGGAGAAAAUGGGUAAACUAUUACUAGAAGGUAGACAAACUUGCCUGGUGUAUUUAGAUGAUGUCAUGAUCAUGAGAAAUUCAUGAUCAUGACAUGAACAUCUCAAUAAGAAAGAAGUCGUCGAUAUUGAAGCAUAGACCAAGGAUGGCGCUUUCCAACACUGGCUAAAAAUCCAAGAUCAGCGAAGAAAUGUCGAAGUUAUAACACAACAAAAUUGGGCAAGUCCCACUUCAUCUGCCGUUUAGUUUAUAUCUAAUUUAUUACGUAAAAUUUGAUAUUAUAAUUUGACCUUAUCUUCAAUUUUAGUGCUUACUCAUAUGAAACUGGGCAUGACAAACAACAUUCCUGUUUUUCGCAUGAAAUCCGCAGGCUACACCGCAUAAUUUUUGUAUUAAGUAGGUACCUAAUUAAUAAAAUUUAUAAAUCUCGCGAAUGUACAGGUAGUUGUAUAUUUUUCUAUAAUUUUUGUAUUAUGUGUUGUAUAUUUUUAUCAAUUUCUCGGUGAAUUUUCAUAGGAUCUCAUAGAUGAAAUUUAUAUUAGUUUUUGUACUUUAUUAAAUCUAUUUGAAAUCUCGAUAGUUUAUAAUUUUUUCUUUGUCGAGCAAGUGCAAAGUCUAAUUCGAACAUUUUUAUGUUUUGCAGAAAUCCAUUGUUAAUUCAAAAUCCUAUUUGAAAACUUUUUACAAUGCCUAAAUUUAAGUUUAUUCUAUAUUUUAUUUAUAUAAUGCAGUGCAGUGUCAUUGACCUUUUUACCUAACCGAAAAUGAUCACAGGUCCCACUGGUAGUGUAUCUGGGGCUAUAAUUUUCAAUUGGAAAAAAUAACCGAAUACUAACGUUGCCUUGGUUCAGGUGCUUGGAUUUUAUUUUUCAUGGCUUUAUUAUUAUAAUCUAAUCACUCCAAGCCGAAUUCUGGGUACACCACUGGAAUCAAAAUUGGUCGAAUCUAGUCAAAUAAAUUCACUUGUAGCCCACAAUUUCGAGCAUAGUAAACUUAGUGAGCUACCAAAACAGUUCAAAAUGUCAAGGCUCUUUUUGUUUUUACUUUUUGGUUGCGCUGAAUUUGGGCAGCACGUUGAAAGUGCUAGAAUUUUAGGAGUGUUUCCUGUAGCUGGCAAAAGUGUAAAUAUAUUGUACAACAAAUUAAUGACAGGAUUAGCUGAUGCUGGACACGAUGUUACAGUUAUAAGUGCAUUUGAGAAUAAACGUAAAAUUAAAAAUGGAUCCUUAACCGAUGUGAUACUUACAGGAUUUGAGGAGAAAUAUGACGUUUUGCUUGCCUCAAUGGACAUGUAUAAUACUCCCAUCCAGAGUCCAAUUUGGGCAAGUCAUUACAUGCAAAAAGUAUUUCUUCACAUCAACAAUAAUACUUUUUGGCACCCAAACGUGAGAAAAUUUCUAAAAGAAAAAAACGAAUUUGAUUUAGUGAUUUCGGAAUAUUUUUGGAACGACGCUCUUUCAGAAUUUGCCGCAAUUUAUAAUUGUCCAUUGGUCAUUUUUACUAGCAUGGGUGGUGUGAAUCCAUGGCUAGGCCAAAUGGUUGGUAAUCCUAUGCCUAUAUCCUACGUGCCUCACUUUCACGCCAAUAAAGACGCUUUCAGAGAUAUGGGAUUUUUCCCUAGAUUACAUAACUUCUUUUACUAUUUAUAUGAUCCAAUUCACAAUUAUUUCGUCGGCUGGCCAGAUCAUAAUGAGCUAAUACGAGAAGCACUUAAAGAUAUUCCAGAGAUUGCUAAAAACGUCCAAGAUGUUGCUGAGCUUUACUAUAACCCAUCAUUAAUAUUAUUAGGAUCUCAUUCCAGUAUACGUCAAGCUGUACCAGUAGCACCAAAUGUUGUAGAAAUUGGUGGGUUUCACAUUGAACCUCCUAAAAAAUUACCUAAAGACUUACAAGAUUUCUUGGAUGGAGCUACAGAUGGAGUAAUUUACUUUAGCAUGGGUUCUCAUUUAGAGAGCAAAAGCUUUAGCGAAGAAAAGAAAAAAAUAUUUUUGGAAGUAUUUAGGAAAACAAAAUUAAAAGUUUUGUGGAAAUUUGAGGAUGAUCUAUUGCCUGGAAAAUCAGAUAAUGUCCUUAUAAAAAAAUGGUUACCACAAAUGGAUAUUUUAGCCCAUCCAAAUGUGAAAUUAUUCCUCUCUCAUGGCGGUUAUGCCAGUACCUUAGAAACAGUUUACAAUGGAAAACCAUCACUUAUGGUACCAGUAUUAAUCGAUCAAUUAGGCAAUGCCCAAGAAGCAACACAUCAAGGCUAUGCUUUAACCAUUCCGUAUAACGACGAAAACUUUUCAGAAGCUACCCUUUCUUCUAUGAUCAAUGAAAUGGUGACUAAUCCAAAAUACGCGGAACGGGCCAAAAGUAUUUCUGAAGUUUUCCAUGAUAGGCCUAUGAAACCUUUGGAUACUGCCAUUUAUUGGAUAGAGUAUGUGAUCAGACAUAAGGGUGCUGAUCAUUUGAAAUUGGCAGGAAGAUUGCUGCCCUGGUACAAGUUUUAUAUGGUUGAUGUGCUUGUAUUUUUGAUCUCUGUAAUCUUUAUUGUGAUUUAUUUACCUAUACGAUUAGUUAAAGGAUUAUUUACACCUAAGAAAUCUAGUAAGACUAAGGUGAAACGAAAUUAGUGAAUAAGUAGUUUUUUUUUGAUAAAUGAUUUUGAUAUGAAAUUGAGUGUUUUAUUUGGAUUUCUAAUUGGACCCA